UUCUUUGAGCUCAUGCCAAAGAUUCUCUAUACACUGCUAAAAAAUAUGGUGUUAUCUAACACCCCAUUUUCUGUACCAAAACUGGCAGGGUGUAUUGGAGCACCUAAGGGGUGUUCAUUACGCUUAAGUAGGUGUUUACUAACACUCUUGGGGUGUAGAGUAAACCAUGGCACAUUCUAGUGCUCACCACAACACCUAAGGGUGUAAUCCUACACUGACCCAGCACCUAUAUCACAACUUCCUUUCUAUGCCUUGUGCAUUGUUGUUUAAUAAUAAUUAUUGUUCAUAGGACGCAAUGUCAGAAAAUUUCUUCAUCCCAUAUCACAUUCUCUUCACUGUUUUAUUAUUGUUAUUGUUUCACACACCGGUAGGUGCAAGAAAGUAAUUAAGAAGAAUUGAUGAUGGAGAUAAAAUUUGAUCCUCAUAAGGAGAGUGAAUACCAUGAAGAUGUCUUUAAAAAAAUAUUGUGCUGGAGACAUUGUGCAUCAUAGUCAAUGUAAAUGAGAAUGACAGUAUACAGACGAGUCACACCCACUGCGCAUGCGCGUCGAAGGUGUCUGCGCGUGCAGCGCAGCAUGACCUUUACCAUCCGGCACGCCCACGUACACCGGUGAGAUCAUGUUCGCGCUCAUUUUCAAAUGCAAGUAGAAGUAGACUAUCUCUAUGGCUGUGUUUUUGGCGACUCAAGCUACAGUAUUUAAAGGCUUUCUGGAGCCCAAGACCACCAUCAGACGAAUACCAUGGCUACGAACGCCGCGAUAGAAGAUUUCGAUGUAGCGCGCGUCACCCCGUCGAAGAAAACACUCCAGCUACUCCGAGCCCAGUAUCACAGCCAGCAGCAGCAGCACCAGCGAUGGGUACUACAGCCUGGGUUAGUGCUUGGUGUUCCUGACGUUUUCUCCAGACGGACGCUACCAGUAUGGCAGUCGAGGGGAGGGAAGAUCAGAACAGUAGGGCUGAAAAGUUGGAGUCACAAACCAAUAGGGAUGCCCUUUCAAAGCAGCAGGAAGAAGUCAAUUCAUUUCCUCCUGAUGCAUAAUGAUGAGCAUACAUGGUACUGUACACUUCCUUCUCAUAUUUCAAGUUGGUCAAGAUUGCAGCUGCUGCAAAUAAUCCAUUCUUUGGAGCUUACUGAGCUGAGCUUUUGCUUGCUCCUCGAGCAAAAAUAUCACUUGUGCAUCAUGCAUCGGUUUUCUAAUGAGCCUGACCUUGAUGAGGCUGUGAAGAAAAUCACUGAAAACCAUGGUUACAUCUCUGUGGUUACUUCUGACAAAAGGACUCUAGCAUCAUUAGAUUUUAUCUUAUGCUCUUUACUGUAUCAUUGCUCUUUGUAUCUCAUGCUCUUU